AUGGUUAGGACUUGCUCACACCCCGUAAAAAGCAAGUUGAAGUCCCACCACAGGAAUCUAUUAACUGUGGGAGCACGCAACUUUCUCACGAGAAAACACUUUUUCGCUUGUCGACGUGGUUUCAAGACAUUGGGUGGAUACCGACAGCAUCGCAAUGCUAUUCACAUUGAACCUCCACGUCCCACCCGCCCUCGUCAGCAUCCGUUCAUCAAUGACGAGAUUGCGCCAGAAGAGAUGCCUCAGGGCACCUAUUUUACUUACCAUCCAGUGUUAGAUGGCACGCUGUGUGAUGCUGAGGGUUUUGAUUUACCUCCAGACAAGCCUCCAGACCAGCCUCCAGACCAGCCUCCCAACCACCCAUCUCACCCAGAACAUGAUACCUGGCAUCCUUUUCCUUCCCACAGCCAUUUUGAGCUAGCCGACUUCAUCUUCCGCCGCAAUCAAAUGCCUGCAAAACAAAUAGACGACUUGAUGCAGGUCCUCGCACAUUUUGACGAGACUCACAGCCAUCCACCUUUCAAUAGCGACACCCAUCUUUACGACUCCAUCGACUCCAUCUCUUCACACGAUGUUCAGUGGCAGUCAUUGUCUCUCCAACACCCUGACUUCGAGAUACUCCAGAAUGAUCCUGACGCUGCUCCAUGGAAACGUGUUGAGUAUGAUGUUUGGUAUCACGACCCACGUGAGCUGCUGCGGAACCAGCUUUCAAACCCUGAGUUUGCUGGAGGCAUUGACUAUGCACCACAACAAGUCUUUGGUGAGCAAGGUCAGUGGGUCUGGACAGAUCUGAUGACUGGAAAUUUGGCAUGGGGCCAAUGUAAUACCCUUGCAGAUGAUCCAGACUGCCAUGGCGCUAUGUUCGUGCUGGUUAUUCUCGGCAGUGACAAGACCACAGUUUCAGUAGCGACCGGUCAAAACGAUUACUAUCCAUUAUAUAUAUCUGCUGGCAACCUCCACAACAACAUUCGAUGUGCGCAUCGAGAGUCUGUAAGUCUCGUCGGGUUUCUAUCAAUUCCCAAGACCGAACGAGGUCACAAUGGAAGCAAAGAGUUUCGAAACUUCCGCUGUCACUUAUUUCAUGCAUCGUUAAGGGCAAUUCUCGAGUCUUUUCAUAACAAUGUUAAGUGCGCGGACAGCCACUACCAACGUGCAGUCUAUGGUCUUGGACCCUAUAUCGCAGAUUAUCCUGAACAGCUGUUGUUAUCGUGCAUUGUUCAAAAUUGGUGUCCAUGUGGGACUGCCGAUCCCAAAAACUUGGAUGGGACACAAUGUGGCCGAAGAUCACACCUUCAUACGAGAACUCUCAAGCAGGGUUUUUCGGCAUUAGACAUGUGGUUCGGGUGGGGUAUCAUUGAUGAUAUUUUGUCUUUCACAGCAUAUUUUCCGCGUGCUGAUAUCCAUGAACUUCUUGCCCCCGAUAUUCUUCAUCAGAUUAUCAAGGGCACCUUCAAAGACCAUCUUGUCAAGUGGGUUGACGAGUACCUUGUCAUAACAUAUGGCGAAGCACAAGCUCAGUUGAUAUGGGCUGAUAUUGAUCAUCACAUUGCUGUGGUCCCAUCAUUUCCAGGUGAUGAUUCUAAGGCACUAAUGAAGGUCUUUCUACCAGCCAUUGCUGGCCAUGUCCCAGAUAAAAUGGUUCAAGCAAUUAGCGCCUUUUUGGACUUCUGCUAUAUAGUCCGUCGUUCGAGCCUAGAUGAAGGUGUUCGACCUAAUGGGAUCUCCUUGCCUCGUCAACAUUCACUUUGCCAUUAUCGUCAUCUCAUCCAACAAUUUGGUGCACCAAAUGGUUUAUGUUCCUCCCUUACUGAGUCAAAGCAUUGCAAAGCUGUUAAGGAGCCUUGGCGAAGAUCUAGUGGCUAUCUUGCACUAGGUCAAAUGCUUGUGACUAAUCAAUGUCUCGAUAAACUUGCUCAAUUCUGGGCUGAGAAGUUUGCUGCAGGCCUUCUUAGCCAGCCUUUACUGCCAACUAAUAUCAUUGCUGUCGACUCUGACUCUAUUAGUGAUCUGGAUGAUGAAAAUUGUCGAGAUGAUGGAGAUUUGGCAGAUGCAUUUGUAGAUGAGGAAGAUAAACCUGAAGUAAUUGUUCAGCUGGCCAAAACACCAGUGCUUCAUCAUCCAACUCAGUUACAGGCUAUUGGCCAACUCAUUGGUGUUCUCAACUUCCAUGAUCUUAUGGAUGUGUCCCUUUGUCCAGACUUCAAUGGCAGGGUGCAUGUUUUUAGUUCUGCAGUUGCAUCAUUUUAUGCUCCUAGUGAUAUUUGUGGAGUCAAUGGUAUGCUGCGUCAUAUCAUCCGCUCAACACCAACUUGGUGUAAUGGACCUGCUCGUCAUGAUUGUGUUUUUGUUGAACAUGAUCCUACAUUACAAGGAUUCAAGAGUCUGUAUGUUGCUCAAGUCAUUCUCUUUUUCUCUUUUUACUUUUGGGGAGUUGAUUAUCCUUGUGCACUUGUCCGUUGGUUUGAAACUAUUGGUGAUCAGCCACAUCCUAACACUGAGUUUGAUGCCAAUGGUCAGCGUCUUAUUUCAGUAAUUCACUUGGACACAAUUUUGCGUCCAGCACACUUGAUUCCUGUCUAUGGUAAUGAUUACAUUGAUCAUGAUAUGCAACAUUCUGAUUCUUUACUUGCUUUUGUGGCCUUUUAUGUUAAUAAGUUUUCAGAUUAUCAUGCCUUUGAAAUUGCCUUUUGA